AUGGAAGGGGGUGGGAAAUACGAUUUUGAAAUUAAACAUCACCCAGGCUCAUGGAACACUGUUGCUGACUGUUUCUUACGCUACCCCGUUAAUAUAACAAAAAUAUCUGAUAUAUUAGAAGAUGACGACGACAAAGGAAAUUCAGACAAAAUUGAUUUUGACGCAAUUCAACUUAAUACAUUGAGAACAUUACAGUCAAAAGACGUAAUUAUUUCUCGAAUCAAACACUCAAAGUACUAUUCCAUAUCAUUGGACUCAACUCCAGACGAAGGUCACGUUGAUCAUCUUACUUUGAUUUUCAGGUAUUUAGAAGAAAAUAUUCCUGUUGAAAGAUUUGUGGCAUUCAUGCUUAACCAAGGCCACAAAGCAAAGGAUAUGUUUAAAGGCUUAGACACAUUUUUGAAAGAAAAUAACUUGGACAUAAAAAACUAUCGUGGUCAGUCAUACGACAAUGCUUCUUCAAUGAGUGGAAAGUAUAAAGUUCUUACAAAUUGUUUAAAAAGAGCAGAAACUGAAAACCCCAUUCUUAUACCAAAAAAGACAAAAACAACAUGUUGGUCAUGCAGAGCAGAUGCUACAAAAGCCCUCUUACGUGGCUAUAAAAAAAUAAAAAAUGCACUUUUAGAAAUUUCUGAGAAUAAAGAAGAAUUAGGAAAAUCACGUAUUAAUGAUAUCUUGGGACAAGUAAACAAAAUUAGUGAAACUUUACAUAAUCCUAGAUUAGAUGUGAACACAGCUGUUUUAGCACUGAAAUCGCUAAGAAGCUUUAUAGGAACAACACGAGAUAGCUUUGAAGGAUAUUUUGUGAAAGUUUCAGAGUUGGAUGAUUUUGUUGAGUACGACAGUGAAACACAGGGUAAACGUAAAAUAAAUAGUUUUCUCUCUGUAAUAGAUCAACUUGAAUCUUCAUUGCAACAAAGACUUGAAGCAUAUGAACUAGUUGAUAACCGUUUUGGGUUUCUUUAUAAGAAUGAACUAAUUCAAUUCAAGGCUUUUUACCAAGAGUUUCUAAAAGAUGAUGAUGGAAAAAAUGAUAAAGUUAUAUCUCGGGAAAGAUGGAUGUACCAGCUUCUAAUCGAAAAAAAUUUCCUAAUAUUGAGGUAG